AUGAUUGAGGAUGUUUCACCGUUUAUACAAACUGUGCUGGGUACUGGGUUAACAUGGUUUGUAACUGCGAUUGGCUCUAUGUUUUGUUUCAUCAUUUCGAACUCCUCAACGAGUGUAAAGAAUCAGAUUCUUGACGGCAGUUUGGGUUUUUCAUCUGGAAUUAUGUUAGCUGCAUCAUUCUGGUCCCUGUUAGAACCAGCAUUGGAGAUGGCUAAAAUUGACUUAGGUCUAGGUGUAUAUUGCGUCUUCCCUGUAAUGUGUGGAUUGUUCAUCGGUGCAGCGUUUGUUGGAUUAGUGGAUACUUUUUUACCUACCCAGUGGCUCGAAACGGUGCCUGUGGCAAUUAAUGAUUCUUACUAUUCAGUGCCUAAUCCAAGCUCUAGCAUUGUAUUUGAUACGUCUAUAAAACAACGUAACUAUUUGGUAAAUAGUUGUAUGGAAUCCAACAUCAGGUAUCGUUCUGAAAACACUAUACAAGCAUAUCCAUCGUCUUCAUCGAUAAAGGUUGAUAAUAAAAAAAUCAACUUCCGAAAAUGGUGA